AUCAAGAAUCCUGUCAGAGUUCCAAUCAUCAAGAUUUAGAGCAACAAACCCCAAACACCUUUCUCAAACACACCCAAAAUGGCAUUGAUCCUCUUCCUUGUUCUUUCUGCCUUCCUCCAAGGAGCUCUUGGUGAGAUUAUAUGCGAGGAAUUGGGAGUUGGAAUGUGCUCAUUCUCUGUGGCUUCUUCUGGGAAGCGUUGUCUACUAGAGACUUAUGAGGCAAAUGAUGGAAGUAUGGGCUUACAAUGUAAGACAUCAGAGGUGGUUGCAGAGAACAAACGUGAAUGGAUAGAGAGUGAUGAAUGCAUCAACGCAUGUGGGGCUGAGAGGAAAUCUGUUGGAAUCUCAUCGGAUUCACUACUUGACCCUAAAUUUACCUCCAAGCUUUGCUCUCGACCAUGUUAUCAAAACUGCCCCAACAUUGUUGAUCUUUACUACAGUUUGGCUUUGGGAGAAGGAGUGUUCUUGGCAGACUUGUGCAUGAUACAGCAAGCCAGUCCACGCCGCCGCGCAAUGAGUCAGUUUCUAAGUUCUGGUGCAGCUGCCGGUCCAAUCUCUUCUGCUGCUGGUCCUGUCUCGGCCACUGCCGAAUCUCCAACCGAGUCUGUUGAUUGUGAUCCGGCACCAGCUGCGCCAGUUGAUUGUGCUCCAGCACCCAUGUAA